GGCGGUGGGGAGUGUUGGCGGUGGCUGUCAGAGGGAAGGUCGACAACAACUGUAGCAGCAGCAGGAGCAGCAACGACAAUGAAAUUCGUUCGCUUUUUAAUGAAGAACACGGCCUUGGCCAACGUGCCGAAACACAUUGACCAUUUUUCUAAAUUCUCACCCUCCCCGCUCUCCAUUAAGCAGUUUUUGGAUUUUGGCUCAACAAAUGCCUGUGAGAAGACCUCCUUUAUGUUUCUGAGGCAAGAGCUGCCUGUGAGACUCUCUAAUAUUAUGAAGGAAAUCAAUCUUCUCCCAGACCGGCUACUUGGCACACCUUCUGUUCAGUUAGUCCAAAGCUGGUAUGUCCAAAGUCUCUUGGAUAUUCUUGAGUUUUAUCAUCGGAAUCCUGAUGAUCAGAGUGUUUUAUCAGGUUUUACAGAUGCCUUAAUCACAAUCCGGAACAGGCAUAAUGAUGUUGUUCCAACAAUGGCGCAGGGUGUGAUCGAGUACAAGGAAUCAUUUUUAGAAGAUAGCAUCACCAGUCAAAAUGUGCAGUACUUUCUGGAUCGAUUUUACAUGAGCCGUAUUUCCAUCAGAAUGCUUAUCAAUCAGCAUACACUCAUUUUUGAUGGCACAACAAAUCCAGCUCAUCCAAAGCACAUAGGCAGUAUUGAUCCAGACUGUGAAGUUGUAGAUGUUGUCAGGGAUGCAUAUGAAACUGCCAAGCUCCUUUGUGACCAAUAUUAUAUGGACUCCCCUGCACUAGAAGUGGACCAAUAUAAUGCAGUGAAUACUUCAGGACCUGUCCAUAUCGUUUAUGUGCCAUCUCAUCUCUAUCACAUGCUGUUUGAACUUUUCAAAAAUGCCAUGAGAGCUACUGUGGAAAGUCAUGAAUCCAGUCCUUGUCUUCCAUCUAUCAAAGUAAAAGUUGCACUGGGUGGUGAAGAUGUCACAAUUAAGAUGAGUGACAAAGGUGGUGGUGUUCCUCUAAGUAAGAUUGACCGGCUGUUCAGUUACAUGUAUAGCACAGCUCCCACACCACACUUGGGAAGUUCUAGAGGUACACCACUGGCUGGUUUUGGCUAUGGGCUGCCUAUUUCAAGACUUUAUGCCAAGUACUUUCAGGGGGACCUUCAGCUCUAUUCUAUGGAGGGUUAUGGAACCGAUGCAGUCAUUUACCUAAAGGCUCUAUCGAAAGACUCUGUAGAAAGACUACCAGUUUAUAACAAAUCUGCCUGGCGACAUUACCAACAUAGUCAUGAGGCUGACGAUUGGUGUGUACCUAGUAGUGACCCAAAGAACUUGGCUGUACAUAAGAUCCAGCAAUGAUGCACAAACCCAUCAGUUCAAUGUUGUGGAAAAGAGUGAAAGUGACUGUUGCGCUUUGACAUAACAAGUCAUAUGAUUUUUAGACUACCACAUGGUUUUUUAGAGCGUACAAUAGUAUAGAAGCAAUAAUAGAGAUAAGGAAUUAACCUCAAGUUGAUUCUAAGCAAGAGUAUUUGUCCCAUUUUUUUUUUGCAGAAUAUUACUGUUGAAAGACAAGAGAUCUUUAUUGAUUAACUUCAGUAGAGAAAAUAGUGGCAGUAUAAAUAUUUAAAGCUGUUUCAAGUUUAGUGUCAGAUUGUGGAGCAAACACAUUGGAUGGCAUUAAAAGUCUUGUGGGUAAAUGUAGCAGUAUUGUUAGAGAAGACUGGAUACUCUCACCAGUAAAAACAGCUAUAGAAAUUCAGAUUUUGGGUCAUAUAUUACAAAGAAGAAAUGUCCCAAACAUGAAGCUUAAAAUUCGACCAUGUACGAUAUACAUAUUGAUCCAAAAGAUGGCAUUUCACAAACCAAUAAUCUAAAUAUUCAAAAAUUUAAAAUAUUGUAUGGAAAAUAUGAUUUCAUUUGAUAAAGUUGCAUUUUUUUCAGGGGUGUGUGUUUAUCUUACAUAGGCGGUUCUAAAAUCAUGUGACCUACAACUAUCAGUGAUUUUUGAGACGUGUUAGGCCUAAAUCCUGAAAUGUAGAAACAGGCAUAGAAAUUCAGUUUAUGAAACCGGCUUGCUGUUCUUGUUAGAUGUGGCAGCUUUUUAAAAUUCUAAUUCCUUUCCUUAUUCAUGUCCUUUAAUUUCAAAUAUUGAUUUUUACAUCUGUGGCAUUUUGGCCAAAGCUCCCUGUGUCCUCAAUCCUUUUAUGGGAAGAAGGAUAUCCCAGGUUAACUUGGCUUUAAUUCUAAGAUUAUUUUGCAUUUUGUUCUGCAUUCUUCUGAUAGAGGGACAUUCCUUCUCUGUGUUCCUUGUUAAUUUCUUGUUUUACUUUUAAACACCUCACUUGAAUUAUCCCAUAACUUGCUUUUCUAGAAAUAUUUCCCAAGUUCAUUCAGCCCCUUUUUAAGCUUGAUAUUUUCCUCGUCAUUCAAUGCUGGAAUUUUUCCAAAGCCAGAUAAAUAUUUUUUAAAUGGUAAACACAAAACUGAACUCAGUAUUUUGACCAAUGCUAUGUAUGAUUGAAGCAGUUCUUCCUCAUCACAUUCUAAAUGACUGUGAUGAAGCUCAGCAUCACAAACUUUAUAAUUUUGUUUUUGCUCAUGCAAGAUGAUUUUUUUUUUUGAUCACAUGUAUCCCUAGACCUCUUAAAUCCCUUUGUUCAUUUUCCUUUACCUUCACCCUGCCUCCCACCACCCCCACAGCCAGGGCUUCACUGUUAUACGCCUACCUGUAAUUAUUCUGUCCAAAUUCUUUGUAUUAAACUUUUAUCAGUUUUGAAAUUUUCUGCUCUCAUCAAAAUGUACUACACCUCUUGAUAUCCCCUCUGGACAUACAAUUAUUAUGAAUGACAAAUUUAGUUUAUCAGUGAAAUGCUACAUGUUUAUUUUUAUCUGUAUAUACAUUGUGUGUAAAUCUGUAUGUGUUUUAUGCAAAAAGUGCCAAAGAUGUGCUCAUUAAGAGAGAAUGUGAAUCAUUGGCCUUUUAAAUUGUGCAGCUAUUGCAAUAUAUCAGUGCUUUUGUUAAAAUUAGAGUACAUAGUACUGUAGAGCUUAAAAGCUUGUUUAAUUUUUAGUCACUUUUGGGAAGGUUAAAAAAUGACUUGGAUUUUAACGUGAAUUUUAAAUAACACGACCAUUAUCUUUGGUUGUGUGUGAUUAUCAGCACUUGAUUUUAUUCUUUCACUGUACUGUAUCUCAUCAUUGUAUAUUUGUUUACAUCAGCAUUAUAUAUGCAUUUGAGUAUAGGAUCAUGUUCGAUAUGACACCUUGUCAUAAGGACCUAAUUGUUCCUUUUUCUCCAGUCAAACUUUGACUUUCCAAAUUUAGUUCAAAAUUGAACUUACUAAUCAUUUUGAAAAUAAAAUUGAUGAUUUUAA